AACCCUAUCUCUGGCUGGGAGAGCUGGAUAAACUCACACAGGUAACUAACCCUAUCUCUGGCUGGGAGAGCUGGAUAAACUCACACAGGUAACUAACCCUAUCUCUGGCUGGGAGAGCUGGAUAAACUCACACAGGUAACUAACCCUAUCUCUGGCUGGGAGAGCUGGAUAAACUCACACAGGUAACUAACCCUAUCUCUGGCUGGGAGAGCUGGAUAAACUCACACAGGUAACUAACCCUAUCUCUGGCUGGGAGAGCUGGAUAAACUCACACAGGUAACUAACCCUAUCUCUGGCUGGGAGAGCUGGAUAAACUCACACAGGUAACUAACCCUAUCUCUGGCUGGGAGAGCUGGAUAAACUCACACAGGUAACUAACCCUAUCUCUGGCUGGGAGAGCUGGAUAAACUCACACAGGUAACUAACCCUAUCUCUGGCUGGGAGAGCUGGAUAAACUCACACAGGUAACUAACCCUAUCUCUGGCUGGGAGAGCUGGAUAAACUCACACAGAGUCUGGAUGAUGGCUUCACAGAGACUGUAAAGAAGGCCCCUCAGAAAGCCCCUCUCAGACAGGAGACCAACAUGGCUAACUUCUGCAACCGCUUCUCCAUGUACAACAUCAACGAGGCUCUAAACCAGGGUGGAGACGGUGUCGGCCUGGAUUCCCUGAUGGCAGACCUGUGUUCCAUAGAGCAGGAGCUGACCACCACCGGCAAGCCAAACGCCAAGCUCCGCCAAAAACCCACCGCCGGGCACAGCAGCAAGGGGCACGGUGGUGCUGGAGGGAGUGGAGGAGGCACCUCCAGCAGCGGGGACAGUACCUCCUCCAGUACCCGGGCCUCACCGGCCUCUACGGUGGCAGCUCGCCACGGGCGCCCCAUGGCUUCCAACCUGUCCCUGGAUGAUAUCACGGCCCAGCUGGAGCAGGCGUCUCUCAGUAUGGACGAGGCUGCUAGACAGAGCUCCCACUCCCUGGCCAGCGCCUCUUCCAGCUCCACCUACUCCACCAUGCGGAGGCCCGCCUCCCACCAUCACACACACCGCCGGACAGGCUCGGUGGGGACGGUCAGCGAACACGAGGUCCGGUCUUUCUCCCUCUCGUCUCGGUCGUCGGUGAACUCUGCUUCGGCCAGCAGCAUGGAUUCUCUGGAUAGGCCCUCAGAACAGGACGGGGCCACUCCUACACAACAGGGACCCAAUCAGGCCCCCCCAGGCAACACCGAGCACUCCUAUCUGGACAGGGAAACAUCCCUGAUUCUGAAAAAUAUAGCCGGAAAACCCUCUCACUUGCUGACCAAGGAAGAACAGGCUGCCAAGACCAAGGCAGAGAAGAUCCGUGUGGCUCUGGAGAAGAUCAAGGAGGCCCAAGUUAAAAAGCUGGUGAUCAGAGUGCACCUGUCAGACGAGAGCUCUAAAACCAUGAUGGUGGACGAGAGACAGACUGUCAGACAGGUUCUGGACAGCUUGUUGGACAAGUCCCACUGUGGCUUCAGCCCCGACUGGUCCCUGGUCGAGACCAUUAACGAACUGCAGAUGGAGCGUAUCUUUGAGGACCAUGAGAACCUGGUGGAGAACCUUCAGAACUGGACCAGAGACAGUCAGAACAGACUGAUGUUCAUAGAACGUAUCGAGAAGUACGCCCUCUUCAAGAACCCACAGAACUAUUUGUUGGGGCGGAAGGAGACGUGUGAGAUGGCAGACAGGAACAAGGAAGCACUACUGGAGGAGUGUUUUUGUGGCAGUGCCGUCUCUGUACCUGAGAUGGAGGGAGUACUCUGGCUGAAGGAGGAUGGGAAGAAGAGCUGGAAGAAGAGAUACUUCCUGCUCAGAGCCUCUGGGAUCUACUAUGUACCUAAAGGAAAAGCCAAGGCUUCCAGAGAACUGGUGUGUUUCCUGCAGCUGGAUCAUGUUAAUGUGUACUACGGACAGGACUACCGCAGCAAGUACAAGGCUCCCACAGACUACUGCCUGGCCCUCAAGCAUCCUCAGAUCCAGAAGAAAUCCCAGUACAUCAAGUACCUGUGUUGUGAUGAUGUCAGAACCCUACACCAGUGGAUCAAUGGGAUACGCAUCGCCAAGUAUGGGAAGACCCUGUAUGUGAACUACCAGGAGGCUAUGAAGAGGACUGAGGCAGCCUAUGACUGGUCUUCUCUCUCUAGCUCCUCUAUCAAGUCUGGAUCCAGCUCCUCCAGCCUGCCUGAGUCCCAGUCUACCCACUACAGUAGUGAUAGUGGUGUUGCUGUUUCAGAGAACAACCUGUCAGGCCACAGCCGCUCUCAGAGCCAGGUCAGCUCCAUCUUCUCCGAGGCCUGGAAGAGAGGCACCCAGGAUGAGUUGAGGAUGGAGUCAGUGAGCAGACCCUAUCCCCUGAUGCUGCCCUCCAUGCACCAGUCAGCCCCCCCAUCCCGAACCAGCUACACCAGUGUCUCCCCCGAAUCCUCCCACUCUCCCCCCGACCCUCCACCUCCUUCUCCUCCCCCACUUCCCCACCCCCCUCACCAGGCUGCUCCUACCAACUUUGUCAAGUACAGCACCAUCGCCCGCCUGCAGGGUGGCGCCAACCAGGCUGCCAAUCAUUACAGUGCCCAACCAAUGGGCCAGCAGCAAGGCCCUCCGGCCCCGCCCCUCCAGUCUGUCAAACCCAACUACAACACGCUCCCAUUGGCUCCCACUAACUACAACACCAUGCCAUUGGCUCCGAGCAACCCUCCUCCUCCUCCCCCUUGCUCCAUGCCUGCUCCAGGCUCUGCCAUGGCCUCUCUGAGGUUCAGCCUCCCCAGCUCUGUUCCUCAGUUCAUCCCCCCUCCUCCCCCCCAGGCCCAAACACUGCCCCCCCCUCCUCCCCCAGAAGAGGACCACCAGUGCCCCCCUCUCAGUAACACUGGGUUGCAGCAGUUCCUGGCCCAAAAAUUCCCCAAUAUGAACUAUGAUUUCUCUGAGCUGGAUGGCCAACCUGAGUCCCCUCCUCCUCCUCCUCCCCCUCCUGCCCUCUCCCCCCUGUCCCCCAUACUGCCACCCCCCACACCUCCCAAAACCUUCUCUGGUGUCUUCCCGCCCCAGACCGCUCCUAAGACCUUUGGUCCAGGGAUCCCCCUGUCCCCAGUGUCGCCCUACCCUCCUUCUGGUCCAAUGAAAAAGCAGCAAAGCUUCUCUACAGGCCAUUCGCCCAAUCAGCCACCUUCCACGAUGCCCAAACAGCACAUCUUCUCCUCUAAAACCCUCCCUCUGUCCGCCCCCAUCUCCCCCACUCCCUCCCUGGCCAAACAGAUAGUCAACCAGUUCCCAGGAGCCCCCCUGCCCCCACAGUCCCCCCCGGCGGUCAAGGCUAAACCAAGAUGGCAGCCAGGGGGUCAGAUCCCGCCUCAGUCCCCUGAAUUCCCCCUUCCUCCUCCUCUCCCUCCUUCUGAGAUGUGCUCCCCCAUUAAGAAGUCUCCCUCCACCUCAUCAACCGGCUCCUUCGGGAAGAGGGGGCCUCCUCCCACUCCCCAGCGUGCCUCCUCCAUCAAGUCUAACUCCUCAGGGGAGUACCAGGAAGAGGCCCAGGUCCAGAGGCAGCCUAAGAAAGUGGAGUCUCUGGUCAGUAAGUUUGCCCAGCCUGGCCUCGGCUCCUGCAACUCCUCCACCGCCACCUUCUCUGGAUCUCCUGCUAAAGAUUUGGGGUCUCCUGCUCUUCCUGCUCCUCCUAAACCAGGCAAGCUGAACCUGUCAGCUCUCCCUCUAGUCCUCCAGGGUCUACAGACAGGGCAGCACCGCCAGCCCAGUGAAGAGUUCCCCUCUCUUCCUCAGUACCGCCAGCCUAGUGAAGACUUCCCCUCUCUUCCUCAGUACCGCCAGCCUAGUGAAGACUUCCCCUCUCUUCCUCAGUACCGCCAGCCUAGUGAAGACUUCCCCUCUCCUCCUCAAUACCGCCAGCCCAGUGAAGACUUCCCCUCUCCUCCUCAGUACCGCCAGCCCAGUGAAGAGUUCCCCCCUCCUCCUCAGUACCGCCAGCCUAGUGAAGACUUCCCCCCUCCUCCUCCCGACUCUGAGCUGCUCCCCCCGCCCCCCCUCCUCUCUGAGCUCCACCCGGGGGCCCCCAGGGUCGCAGUCGUCAACCCCCAGCCGCAGGCCACGCCCAUCUCCCACCCCGUCAGCCAAUCAUCAUGGAAGACCCAGUCACUCAAGAAGACUCCGCCUCUGACACUGCACAGGCUGUCCCGGAGUCACACGGUCCAGGAGCCCUUACCUCUGUCCCCCCCAUACCAGCACCAGCAUACCGCCCCAGCCUCCUUUGCCUGUCCCCUGCCCCCCACCUCCCCCGGGGUACCUAAGGGGGGCGGUACCCUCUCCUCGGUCCAACCAAACUUCCUGGAGGACCUGAACCGGACCUUGAAGAGGAAGUCCAUCUCACGUCACGGCUCCCUCACGCGGCACGGUUCCUCCCGGCUGGAACCGGUCUCCAUGGACGACAUGGCCCUGCCUCCUCCACCCCCUCCGGACCAACAUAGGGGGGGGCAGGGCGGGGGCCACGGGUACAUGUCCUCAGGCUAUGCAACGUUACGGCGGGGGCCGCGCCCUGCCCCGCCCAAACGGGAUGAAAGCACCAAACUGACGGGUGAGUGGUAGCUAGGGGGAAGAGGAGGACUUGGGCCGAGCUGCCCAGGCUAUGGGACCCAUCAAGGUCCCAGUCUACAGACUAUGGGACCCAUCAAGGCUACAGGCUACAGGCUAUGGGACCCAUCAAGGUCCCAGUCUACAGACUAUGGACCCAUCAAGGUCCCAGUCUACAGACUGACUAAAGACUAUGGACCCAUCAAGGCUACAGGCUACAGGCUAUGGGACCCAUCAAGGUCCCAGUCUACAGACUAUGGACCCAUCAAGGUCCCAGUCUACAGACUGACUAUAAGCUAUGGACCCAUCAAGGUCCCAGUCUACAGACUGACUACAGCCUAUGGACCCAUCAAGGUCCCAGUCUACAGACUGACUAAAGACUAUGGACCCAUCAAGGCUACAGUCUACAGGCUAUGGGACCCAUCAACGUCCCAGUCUACAGACUGACUACAGCCUAUGGACCCAUCAAGGUCCCAGUUUACAGACUAUAUGGACCCAUCAAGACUACAGCCUAUGGACCUAUCAAGGUCCCAGUCUACAGACUAUAUGAACCCAUCAAGGCUACAGUCUACAGGCUAUAUGGACCCAUCAAGGCUACAGUCUACAGGCUAUAUGGACCCAUCAAGGCUACAGUCUACAGACUGACUACAGACUAUGGACCCAUCAAGGUCCCAGUCUACAGACUGACUACAGCCUAUGGACCCAUCUAGAGCACAGUCUACAGCCAAUGGACCCAUCUAGAGCACUGUCUACAGACUAUGGACCCAUCAAGGUCCCAGUCUACAGACUGACUACAGCCUAUGGACCCAUCAAGGUCCCAGUCUACAGACUGACUACAGCCUAUGGACCCAUCAAGGUCCCAGUCUACAGACUGACUAAAGACUAUGGACCCAUCAAGGUCCCAGUCUACAGACUGACUACAGCCUAUGGACCCAUCAAGGUCCCAGUCUACAGACUGACUACAGCCUAUGGACCCAUCAAGGUCCCAGUCUACAGACUGACUACAGCCUAUGGACCCAUCAAGGUCCCAGUCUACAGACUGACUACAGCCUAUGGACAUAUCUAGAGCACAGUCUACAGACUAUAUGGACCCUACAGGCUGCUCUCCCUACAAACCAAACGGACCCGAAACGUUCUUAUUAUACAAUAAGAAACGUUCAUUAUGGCGUGCACUAAUGAAUACGACCCAGAACUCGGCCUGUCUCCCCUCCUCUCCUCUCCCCUCCUCUCCUCUCCCCUCCUUUCCUCUCCCCUCCUUUCCUCUCCCCUCCUCUCGUCUCGUCUCCCCUCCUCUCGUCUCCCCUCCUCUCGUCUCCUCUCCCCUCCUCUCGUCUCCUCUCCCCUCCUCUCGUCUCCUCUCCUCUCCUCUCGUCUCGUCUCGUCUCCUCUCGUCUCCUCUCGUCUCCCCUCCUCUCGUCUCCCCUCCUCUCGUCUCCCCUCCUCUCGUCUCCUCUCGUCUCGUCUCCUCUCCUCUCGUCUCCCCUCCUCUCCUCUCGUCUCCUCUCCCCUCCUCUCGUCUCCCCUCCUCUCGUCUCCUCUCGUCUCCUCUCGUCUCCCCUCGUCUUGUCUCGUCUCCUCUCCUCUCGUCUCCUCUCCUCUCGUCUCGUCUCCUCUCGUCUCGUCUCCUCUCCUCUCGUCUCCCCUCCUCUCGUCUCCCCUCCUCUCCCCUCCUCUCGUCUCCUCUCUUCUCGUCUCCUCUCGUGCCACACAGACAGGACUGAGCUGGAUGAAGAACCUGUUCCUUGUAAAUCCCAGAUUGUUAUUCCAUCCUUUUGCCUACAUUAUAAUAACUCUGUGAAAAGAGAAAGCAAGUUAAACCACCUAUCAAGCUUUUCCACAUGUUUGUGCCGCUUUGCAUUGAAAUAUAACAAAAAAAUAAACAAGAAUUCAGCUGCAAUAUAAACAGGUACUGCAUGGACAUGUUGUUACCUUAGCAACUGUUUGGGGUUUGGGAGGGAUGUAUAGACGUGUCAUACAGUCAGUAGUAUUCACCGCCUUGGAUUUAUGCAUGUUGUUUUUGCGUUACAGACUGGGAUUGAAAUUUAAUUCAUUGUGAUUUUUUUUGUGUUUUUUUGUAAUUGAUUUACACAAUACUCUGUCAAACGGGAAAAAUUAUAAUCUUUAAUUUUUUAUUUUUUGUUGUUAAUUCAAAAUAAAACACUGUUCUUUAGAUAA